CGUUCUGUAGUCGCCAAUAAUACUGUGUCAUGCGGUACUAUCUUUUUCGAAGGUUGACAUGUCUUGAUAUUCACACAGCAUAACUGGCUGCCUGACCAUGAAACUGCUACAUAGGUAAAAAAGGAAGGGUUGUAUAAAAGUGUAUACUGUGGAAAUGGCUAUGACAAACAACUUGCGUUUUGUGUCGCGUUUAAAAGCCUUUCGGUGUUUUGAACCGAUUACAAGAUUAAAUAGAAACGUCGGUACUCAAAAUGCGAAUCCUGAAAUCACGCACUUUGGGUUUAAAAAUGUAACUGUAAAGGAAAAACCUAAGAAAGUGAAUGAAGUUUUUGACAGAGUGGCGGGAAAUUACGACUUAAUGAAUGACGUCAUGAGCGCUGGAAUACACAGGUUGUGGAAAGAUCGACUCAUCACCGUUUUAAACCCUUGUGACAAAACUAAACUUUUGGAUUGCGCAGGGGGGACAGGGGACAUUUCUUUUCGCUUCAUCAAAAGGGUCAAACUACAGCAUGAUUGUCCUGAACCGAAUGUAACUGUGUGUGAUAUAAACCCAAAUAUGCUGGAAGUUGGCAAGCGACGAGCAGAGACUCAAAACUUACAUUUAAAGUGGGUUUGUUGCAGUGCAGAUGAUCUUUGCUUCCCUGGCGCCUCAUUUAAUGCAUACACAAUUGCUUUUGGAAUUCGUAACUGCACACACAUUGAUAAAGUACUAAAAGAAGCUUAUAGGGUAUUGGAACCUGGAGGAAGGUUCUUGUGCCUGGAGUUCAGUGAGGUUGAAAACCCCUACCUUAGAAACUUGUACAAUACAUACUCUUUCCAAGUGAUACCUGUGAUGGGUGAAGUCAUUUCUGGAGAUUGGAAAUCUUAUCAGUAUCUUGCUGAGAGCAUCCGGAAAUUUCCCUCAAGAAGUCAGUUUUCUCAAAUGAUGCGAGAUGCUGGCUUUCAAAAUGUUUCGUGUGAGAGUUUAACCUUUGGUGUAUGUUCCAUUCAUUCAGGCUUCAAACUGUAAGAUGAAUGCUGCUGUAAUGCAAAUAUAGGUUUUGGAAAUUUUAGACACAAUGUGCUUAAAACAAAAAUAUUUUAUGGUUAUGCUUAAGCAUACUGUUUAAUACAUGAAAGAAUAAAUGUAAUACAUACCAUAUGUUAAAGAAAGGAACACUGAUAGACUUUGAAUUUUGCGAUUUGUGGUUAUUUUAUUAUUGUUUAAAAAGAACCCAUAACCAUUAGCUUAUAAUUUCUUCUUUCACUUUCCAAUUCACAAUUUCA